CAUUAUUUUCUAUUAAGGUACUAUAUCUUUACUUUUACUCAAGUAUGACAAUUAGGUACUUUAUACACCACUGCAGCUAGGUCUUUCGAGGUCAUUGAUAUUAAACCUGCCAAAAUACAUAUGGUAGUGGUUCCCAAGUUAUUUGCUCUCUGAGGCUGUUGGCGUUUCCUUGUGACCCAUGCAAAACCACAAAUAAAACCAAUAUAUUUGGGGUCUGCAACCCAAGCAGAGUUAGUGGUGAUUAACCAUUGGGUCACGAGUUCCAAACCACAAUUUUGGAAACAAGGCAAUGUCAAAUACUCCCAUGGUUUUACUGUAGUAUGUUCAGCCUCUUUACCAAGGAAUGUGCAUGACUGAGGCAGUAUUAUAGUAUGUCAUGUUUCACUGUCACUGAACCAAAACAAAGACCCUCAGGUUGAUCCAUGAGAUAAGAUAUGGUCAUAUGCCCAUCUCUAUGCAACAUUCAUGUGUGCUGGUGGAUAUACAUUUGUUAGCCUUGUGACUGGCAUUGCCUGACAAUGUUCAGUGCAAGAGAAAGGAUGCAGGGUUAUUAUAGUGCCAGCAGAGGGCAUCAUUCAACUUCUUGACAGAUCAGGGCAGUGACUGGUCAGGGAGAAGGUAGUUGUGAUGCAAUAUUCCUCAAUGGAAAUGUAUGGUGGAGAUGAGAGUAGUGAUAUUUCCCACACUUUUGGUUGAUCUUGUAUAAGGGGUUUGUGCCAUAUGUGAAUUGUGCUGUUAUGUAUUCAUUGCCGAAUCCAAAUGCCACAAGUUCCCUAUGGGAAAAAUUAAGUAGGAUAUUCUAUUUUAUUCUACUCUAUUCUAUUCAAUAGUCAAGUGAAUAAUAUCUAAAUGCCUGUACUCAAAAAAAUGAAUUGUAAAUAAGUAGCCUACAAUUGAUCAAGAUCAAUCUUUUUUUUGUCGACAACACAAACAGAUAGCCUAAAACAAAAGAAGAAUUUAAUUUUCAGGAUUACUGUGGUCCUUAUGGAGGUUCACCCUGUAUUAGAUCCAUUUUACAAAAGGCAUAUAUUUGACAGCGUGACAUAUUUGAGUCAAAAUUGUAAUGAUUAGAAAUGUACAAAAUGGUGCAUUCCUGAAUGAAAUCCAACACACGGAUUUUCCUAUAAAAUGGACGCACAUAACUAGUUUUACUGGAGUAAAUCUAAUCCCUGUUGAUUUAUAUUUGGCGAAUUCACUAUGGACCUAUUUUCUACUUUGACGCAGCACGUGCUGACUCACAAACCUGUUAUUAAGGGUGUUAUACCUAUGAUGGUUUUGCUUUGGGCCACUAUAUCUGCGCUCAUAUCUGGCAGCAUCUGGAGUAAGCAUGUUUCUCACGUUUAUCAAGUAAUCGAACUUCACGCAAAUUGCCAGAGUAGAGAGAGAGAGAGUAGGAGACAGAGACGAAGGAGCAUUUCAAGAGUGGAGGAAUUUGGCACCAAAGGCAGGUAAGGCUAUACAUUUUUAAUCGAAAUAUGUUUUAUAAAUUUUUUUACCAUGAGAAAUACAUUUUCGUUUUGCGGUACAUUGUCUACGUCACAAAGAAACAAGGUAACAUCUUGAUAACAUCUUUUUGUGUCAAAUAAAAACAAUUACAUAUAUAUUUUUUUCAUGAUAACGCUUUUGUGGUAGGAUGUCUUUGGUAUUUAUAGUUAUCUGGAACUUACUUGACAUAAUGAUGCCCAACAAUUUUUUUAUAUCUUAUAAUAAGCAACCCUAAAGGUUAAAAUCAAAAUCAAAUACAUUUUGUAGACCCCAUAUUGUUGACAUAGUAAUACUUGAAAUAAUGAUUGGCCUUUUUCAAUCAAUUCACUUAAUUCAAUAAAUGAAAUCUAAUCUUUAAUUUAGCCUAUUUGUUCCUGUUUCAAUGUAUUUAUCUUCAAUGUUCAUCUUCAUUGAUUGACAACAGGUAUCUAAAGGGGGAAAAAAUGGAACUGAAACCAUUACUAAGGCGGAUGGGCUCGAUAGUCCGUGGCAUCCUAACAUUCCUCUUUGCCCUGGUGGUGCUGGGGGUGAUGGUGUGGGCCUACGUCCAGGGCUUCCAGCUGGCCACCUCCCCGUACGGCAUCAUCUCCUUUGGCUUUUAUGGCGUCCUGCUGGGGCUCCACAUCCUGGUCCAGAGCUUUUUCGCCUUCGUGGAGCACCGCCGCAUGAGGGCCCGAAGCAAGGCCUGCACAUUCACCAAGACCAUCGGUCUCACUAUCUCAGCCUACCAGGAGGACCCAGAAUACCUGCGCGAGUGCCUCAACUCCAUUCGGGCCCUCAAGUACCCUCCAGAGCUGCUGCGGGUCAUCAUGGUGGUGGAUGGGAACUCGGAAGACGACAUCUACAUGCUGGAGAUGUUCAGGGAGGUGUUUGCUGACCGGGACCCUGGCUGUUAUGUGUGGAGGAAUAACUACCACACAUGGGACCCCACCCAGACCCAGGAUGCUAGUUAUGGGCUGGGAGAGGACCCCCAGAGGAGGGAGGUGGAGUAUCUGAUCAACAGCAGGAGGUGUGUGUGCAUCAUGCAGAAGUGGGGUGGAAAGAGGGAGGUGAUGUACACAGCGUUCAAGGCACUGGGACUGUCGGUGGACUACAUACAGGUGUGUGACUCUGACACCAAGCUAGACCCCUUGGCUACGGUGGAGCUGUGUAAGGUUCUGGAGAGCAACCAGAAGUACGGGGCGGUGGGAGGAGACGUGAUGAUCCUCAACCUCAAGGAGUCCUACAUCAGCUUCAUGAGCAGCCUGCGCUACUGGAUGGCGUUCAACAUCGAGAGGUCCUGCCAGUCCUUCUUCAACUGUGUCUCCUGCAUCAGCGGCCCCCUGGGUCUAUACAGGAAUGACCUCCUCCAGCAGUUUUUAGAGUCCUGGUACAACCAGAAGUUCCUGGGGACUCACUGCACAUUUGGGGAUGACAGACAUCUCACCAACCGCAUGCUCAGCAUGGGCUAUGCCACCAAAUACACGGCCCGUUCCAAGUGCUACACGGAGACGCCAGGCCAGUUUCUCCGGUGGCUCAACCAGCAGACGCGCUGGACCAAGUCUUACUUCCGCGAGUGGCUCUACAACGCCAUGUGGUGGCACAAGCACCACCUGUGGAUGACCUACGAGUCCAUCGUCUCUGGUGUCUUCCCCUUCUUCGUCACGGCCACCAUCAUCCAGCUGUUCUGGACAAGAACCCUGUGGGACAUCCUCUGGGUCCUCUGCUGCAUCCAGCUCAUCGGCCUGAUCAAGGCGGCCUAUGCCUGCAUCCUGCGCCGCGACCUGGUCAUGGUGUUCAUGUCCCUCUACUCUGCCCUCUACAUGACCAGCUUGCUGCCCGCCAAGUACUUUGCCAUCAUCACCAUGAACAAGAGCAGCUGGGGCACGUCGGGCCGCCGCAAGAUGGUUGGGAACUACAUCCCCCUGCUGCCUCUGUCAGUGUGGGCGGCCAUCUUGCUGGGCGGGUCCUGCUACACCAUCUACAAGGAGAGCCAAAAGGACUGGUCCACGCCGGCUAAGGUACUAGAGACCAGGUUUCUGAUCUACGGCUGUGUGGCGUACGUCUGCUACUGGUUCCUCAUGAUCUUCCUCUACUGGGUGUGGUUCCGCAGGCUGUUUAGGAAACGCUCUCAAAGUUAUGACGUUAGCGUAUAGGGACAGUUUUCUAUACAAGGGAAAAAAGACUGGAUAUUUAGUAUUUAUUUAGUGUGUUGUACAUCAAAGAUGUUUCAUUUAUUUAUUUAAUAUUGUGCUACAGUAACUGUGAACAGAUAACCUUUAUACAGCUGCUAAAUCAACUGAACCGUAGAAUAUAUAAAUGGAUAUAACGUACUGUAUAUGAGAACAAUUACCUAGACUCUGGGAAGCUUCAUCAAGAAUAGUGUCAAAGAUGAGAAUAUAUUGUUGAUAACUACAGUUUGCCGUGCUACUGAAGAUGGAGAAAGGAGUUGUUAGUUGUUAAGUGAGUGAAUAUUUGACAUUCAGUUGUCUUUACAAAUACUUUAUAACUGAAACUGUAUACAGAAGCAGUAUAGUAUACCUAUCUGGAGUUGAUGAUAAGACUAGUAAUCUAUUCUAGAUGGCCCUUGAUUUGCUGUUGCUUAUUUCUACUGACUGCCUAACGAACGAAGUGUUACAUUUAUUUAAUAUAAGGAUUUGUAAUCUCUCUUGAGCACAACAUUAUUGAACCGUUAUUAGAUCACGCUGUACAUGACUUGAUAUGUGCCUUACACAACAAAAUACCAUAUCAGACAUAGUAUCUUUUCUUUGUUUUUAAAUAUACUUCUCUCAAUAAUGCACUGGAAAUUGGACUGGAAUUUAAUAAAAAAUUUUUUUAAAACAUUACCUUGGAAGAAAACUAGCAAAAUGUCUUGUGGUUCUAAGUGAAAAUAUUUAUUUCUGUGUAAAUAAUAGUGACAGACUCCAUAGGAAGACAAUUAGACAAUCAUACAUGUGAUAUCCACUCCCAGGGAUGCGUUGUGAAGCCCUUUGAGAUAGACGGACAAUGGUUCUGCUGUCAUGUUGAGUAUAAACAUGAGAGAUGCACCUGGCUCGAUUUGAACUGAACUGACUGAGCAUGUCUGUAUACAUUUUUUAUGCACAUUUUUCAUUGUAUGGGAUUAUUUCCUUUUUCAUAUUAUUUUGCAAAUGUGAAUGAAUGUAUCUAUCUAUGUAUGUUAAAAAUGAAGUAUUUUAUGAAAAGCAUGGAGUACAGUAGCCUACUGUUGAUUUGUUGAGGAGGGAUUGUUUGGCUACCACACCCAUCUCUCAAUGAUCCUAUCAAUCUAGGAUGUUGAAAUUGGUGUCUUAAUGGUUGCUUCAUCUGCCUCCACCGUCAAUACUAAAUAUACCCCUGAUUUCCCUGACAGUUGAUAGGUAAGGUAACCAUUGUGGUCAGAAGGGAAGAAAAAUACAGUCAUUCCAAUGAUUUUUAUAAGCCAUAAUAUACCAUUUAUUCCUUUGCUGUAGCCCCUAAUACUGGCCCCUAGCUUGCAAUGGAACGUCUGCAUGAUGUACUAUGUAGUGAUGUACUGAUUUCCAUUGUGCAACACAUGAUAAUCUGAGAAAAUGAGAGGUUCUGUUAGAGACAUCUAUCAUCAGGAGGGUCAUCGUUGCUCAUCAAGAGGUAUAAUUACUGAUGUAGAGUCAACAUUUCUGACCUCUCAGGGCAGUUAGAUGGCCAGUUGCUUUGCAUUGGUUUCAUUUGACUGGUGGAGGGAGGAGAGUCUUUUUUGCUGUUUUUGUACCAUACAAACUUUUUAUGACAGGUCUGGGUGGGUGGAAGUUCUAAAAGUGUCUGAAAACUGCAAUAGACAGUUAAUUAUUGUAUAUAUGAAUUGUGUAAGUGAUACCCAUUUGUUUUUAGCACAGUUAUGUAACACUAACAGAGCAUUAAAGAGCCUGUCUUGCAGAGAAAAUAUUAGCUGUGUGAAUCGCCAUUCUGGGGGCAGCAGGUAGCCUAGCGGUUAAGAGUGUUGGGCCAGUAACAGAAAGGUCGCUGGUUUGAAUCCCCCAGCCGGCAAGGUUGAAACAUCUGGUGUUCUGCCCUUGAGCAAGGCAGUUAACCCCCAACAGCAACUGAUGACGUGGACGUCAAUUAAGGAAGUCCAGCGCACCUCUCUGAUUUAGAG